CCGUCUUCUUGCACCACGACUCUCGGUUUCUCCCUCUUCUCUUGUUUCUCCCGACUUUCGGCUCAAAGCUCCAGCACUAUUUCCUAUCAACGGCACCACCCGCUUUUUGUUCUAUAUACCCCAGCAUCAUGGAGGAAAUCGCCAAGGAGUACGAUGUCAUCGUGUUGGGCACCGGUCUCACCGAGUGUAUCCUUUCCGGUGUCUUGAGUGUCAAGGGCCGAAAGGUUCUGCACAUUGACCGCAACGACCACUACGGAGGAGAGGCUGCUUCCGUAAACAUCGAGACGCUCUUCAAGAAGUACGGCCGCGUUGCCGCUGGCGAGAAGCCAUGGGAGAAGUACGGCCGCGUCAACGACUGGAACAUUGACCUUGUUCCCAAGCUGCUCAUGUCAUCUGGCGAGCUGACCAACAUCCUCGUCUCUACCGAUGUUACCCGAUACCUGGAGUUUAAGCAGGUUGCCGGCAGCUACGUCCAGCAGGGCACUGGCUCCAAGGCCACCGUGGCCAAGGUCCCCUCAGAUGCCGCAGAGGCCCUCAAGUCACCCCUCAUGGGUCUCUUUGAGAAGCGCCGCAUGAAGUCCUUCAUUGAGUGGGUUGGCACCUUUGAUGCCAAGGACCCGGCCACCCACAAGGGUCUUGACAUGAACACCUGCACCAUGAAGGAUGUCUAUGACAAGUUUGGCCUUGAGGAUGCUACCAAGGACUUCAUUGGCCACUCCAUGGCUCUGUACCUGACUGACGACUACAUCACCGCCCCUGGCCAGGCUCCUGAUGCCAUUGAGCGCAUCCGCCUGUACGGUAACUCCGUUGCUCGAUACGGAAAGUCUCCUUACAUCUACCCCCUGUACGGUCUUGGCGAGCUUCCCCAGGGCUUCGCUCGUCUGUCCGCCAUCUACGGUGGUACUUACAUGCUCAACACCAACAUUGAUGAGAUUCUGUACGAGGGUGACAAGGCUGUUGGCAUCAAGGCCACCAUGACCGGCGUCGAGGAGAUGAAGUUUGAGACCAAGGCAAAGAUGAUCCUUGGUGACCCCUCAUACUUCCCUGGCAAGACCAAGGUUGUCGGCCACGUGCUGAGGGCCAUUUGCAUCCUCAAGCACCCCCUUGCUGGCACCAACGACAGCGACUCUGCCCAGAUCAUCAUUCCCCAGUCCCAGGUCGGCCGAAAGAACGACAUCUACGUUGCAUGCGUCUCAUCGGCCCACAACGUGUGCCCCAAGGGAUACUGGGUUGCCAUUGUCUCCACCAUUGCCGAGACCACUGCCAACCACCACCUCGAGCUCCAGCCCGGUCUGGAACGCCUUGGUGCUAUUGAGGAGCAGUUCAUGGGAGCUCCUAUCCCCAUUUCUGAGCCUCUUGAGAAUGGCACCAAGGACAACAUCUUCAUCUCCAAGAGCUACGAUGCCACCAGCCACUUUGAGACAACAACAGAUGACGUCAAGGACAUUUACCAGCGUGCUACCGGUGAGGAGCUCAAGGUUGAAGGCCUAAGGGAGGGUAUCAACGUUGCGGAGGAGUAAAGAAAGCGAAAUACUAGUAUUGCCAAAUUUGUUCUUGUUAAAAAAACCAUGCCAUUGAGAGAUCUUUGGAGUUGAUACUUGAUCCCUUCAACCAUUUGCGAAGAGCGACCAUGUUUUUUUUUUCCUAUUUGUUGCUGGCUCGGUAAAUAUCAAUCAAUUAAAUAAUCAUGAUGAAAAUAUUUAGUACAUCAACAAGCUGGGGGCACUUUUUACCCUGGUAGAGGAUAUAACAUCGAGAUUUUUUUUU